GGAGUUGUAGUUCAGGUGCCCCACACCUGCAAUCGGAAACGUAAACCUCCCACAUGGAACGGCGGCGGUAAGCGCCUGAGGAGCAAGCAGGCGCGGCUGGGGUUGCUUCCCGCCGGCCGCCUCUGCCCUCUGCAUACAGUAUCUGGCUCGCCAACCUGCCGAGGCGGCUUCCAUUGGCUCCUUCAGGGAGGGCCGGAAACAGCGAGGUCAGGCCUGGGCCGCGGCGGUGAGGGCUGGCUCCUCCCCGGAGGAAGGUGAACGGGCCGAGAGGCCGCCCCCGGCGGAGAAGCUCCGGACAUGAGCGGGCUGCAGGCUGCCGCCAGACGAGACAGCCCCGGCGAGGGCAGCAACGAGGUUUUCCUUUUUGACUCGCAUAAUGUAUUGCCAACUGUUGCCUUCCUGCAAGAAUUACCCAGUUACCAGUCUAUGCUGAGGAGGAGAACUUCAGCUGGAGGGUUGCGGGACUACCACAGUUUAGCACGGUCAGCUUCUGGAGAGACCAGAAGUCUCUUGCAAGGGGCUGGAGCAGGGAGUCCAGUCUCCAGGCAACCACUGAAAGAAUAUGCAUUAACUAUUGCAGAGAAGAGACGAUUACGGGACAUUCAGGAGGCCAACAUCAGAUACCUGUCAGGGUGGCAUCAGUGGAGGCAGACAAGCAGCAAAUCAUGGAGGAAAUUUGUAGAGGAUACCAAAGAACUCUCAUCCUACCUGGAACUUUGGAGACAGGACAUCCGCAGCAUCGAGGGGAAAUUUGGCACUGGGAUCCAGUCUUACUUCUCCUUCCUGCGGUUCCUUGUGAUGCUGAAUAUUGUGAUCUUUCUCCUUGUGUUCAGCUUCAUCACCCUUCCCAGUGCCCUUUCCAAACAUGGAGCUGUCAACAGUAGCUAUGUUAAACUUCCUCUGAAGAACAUAGAGCAACAUUGCACAGUUUAUGUAGUUAGUGGUACCAAAGGACUCAUUUACUUCUACAAUUACCUUAUAGAUCUGCUGACUGGCACGGGUUUUCUUGAAAUGACUGGUCUCUUUUAUGGCUAUUACACAGUAGAUACCAUCUAUUUUAGCCUCCUGAAAUAUGAAGUGCCGCUUGCAUAUUUGCUGACCACACUGGCUUAUCUUUCAUUAAGCUUUCUCUGGAUCGUGAAAAGAUCUGUCGAAGGAUUCAAGCAAAGCUUUGUACGCAGUGAGGAUCAGUUUCAGAGCUACUGCAACAAAAUAUUUGCUGGCUGGGAUUUCUGUGUCACGGAUGUAAAUGCUGCACGGCUGAAGCAUAGCAGCUUACACUAUGAACUUAGAACUGACUUGGAGGAAGAGAGGCUAAGGCAGAAGGUAGCAGAGAGAACCACCAAAGAGAAAAUGCGCAUCUAUUGCUUGAGGAUACUCCUCAAUUCCACAGUCCUUGCUGUUUUGUCAGCUUGCUUUUAUUCUAUCUAUAGAGCAACAGUCUACUCGCAAGAAAACAUUUCCCACGACAACAAAACGAGAUUUGAGGAUAACCUCUUAGUGCAGUACUUACCUUCUGUGGUGAUUACGAUGGCCAACUUUAUUGCCCCGUUAAUUUUUUCAGUUCUCAUCAAAUUUGAAGACUAUUCACCAGCCUUUGAAAUUCGGUUAACGCUGAUGAGGUGUGUCUUUGUGAGGUUGGCCAACAUUGGGGUCCUCUUGUUCUCACUGUGGACACGAAUAAGGUCCUGCGCUAAUGAAAAAUGCAAGGCCUGUGGAUACAACUAUCAGCUCUAUCCUUGCUGGGAAUCUCGAGUUGGCCAGGAAAUGUAUAAACUGAUGAUCUUUGACUUCAUCAUAAUUUUUGCUAUUACAGUCUUUGUUGACUUCCCAAGAAAGUUGAUGGUUACCUAUUGUUCGUAUAAAGCCUUCCGGUGGUGUGGACUGCAGGAGUUUGCCAUCCCUGACAACGUGCUGGAAAUUGUUUACGGGCAAACUAUCUGCUGGAUUGGAACCUUCUAUUGCCCGCUCCUCCCCGCCAUUGCAACAAUAAAAUAUUUUGUCGUCUUUUACAUUAAAAAGAUAAGUCUGAUGCAUACAUGUAAGCCUUCAACACGGCCCUUUAGAGCGUCCAGCUCCAACUUUUUCUUCCUGGUGGUGCUUUUGAUCGGCCUCAUCUUAGCUUUCAUUCCAUUGGGAAUCAGCAUGACGCACAUCCCCCCCUCUAAAGCGUGUGGGCCUUUUAUGAAUUUUAACCGUUCAUGGGACGUCAUUGAACAUACAGCUCAUCAUUUCCCCGUCGUAUUGCGGAACAUCCUGAAUAGCAUUGUAUCGGAAGCAUUUGCAGUACCUUUCUUUAUGGCUGUCUGCCUUAUUAUGUUUUAUUUCAUUGCAUUGGCUGGAGCACAUAAACGGGUUGUUAAUCAACUCAGAGAACAAUUAAUCAUGGAGAGUCGUGACAAACUCUUCCUGAUCAGGAAACUGACUGAAGCUCAUAGACUUAGCUGAGGAGACGGUUGCGUUCAGAGCUGAGUUGCCUUUUAAUGGCUGCUGCAUUUGGAGUCAUUUCUGUUUGCACCUACUGCUUAAAGGACACUAAAACAGAAGAAAUCUGCAGAACCUUAACCUUGAGCAAGUAACUUGGGACCUGAUCGUUGUAGACUGGAUUCGACUAGUUCAGCUCACAGAUAUGGGUGUUAUUGCUUAGGCAUUGUUCAUGUAUGGUGUCCCCAUUGUAUACAGCCUUGGUAUACUCUGUUUUAUUUCUGUUGGCAUUAUUUCUGUUGGCUGGCAUGCCUAAACAAGUUGUUGAUCAACUUGGGGAACCAUUUCUUAAGUUGCUCUGUUAUGCUUUUCAUUGAGCAUGUGUCCAAUUUUUACAGGAUUUCUGUAUUUUUUCUGUUUUUGCAGAAUUAAAUGACUUAAUUCUGCACAAAAUCUCUACUAUAGUAGGGAUCUUUGUGAUGUACCUUAAUUUUCAUUGUUUACAGUUUAAGCCUUCAUGUCUUCCAAGAGUGUUGUAAAACAAAAUAAUUCUUCACUAAGAACUUUGUUGUGAACUGUCUUAUGCGAUUUGUUACACAUAACCUUUCUUGGGUCUGGAAGCUCUUUGUAAAAGGUUUUCAGUGUUAACUAUAUCAUUCCUUUUGUAAAAACUUCUAUUUGCCAAUUUUACUUAAUAACACAUAAUAAUAACUCUAUUUCUAAUGACAGUACCCAAUCUGGUCCUGUGUUGAAUCAGCCACAUGAUAUGCAGAGGAAUAUAGUCCUAGUUCUGUGCUGCUUUGGUGGAGAGGCUUGGUUGAUCUUCUGUACAUCCUUGUGGAAAGGAUUGAGUGCCUGCCUUCAAUCAGUGGCUCACAGUAUAAACCAGACAAUAUCACUCCGCCAGUUAGUUAGAUUAUGCAUAGUAGAUAGCUUUGAUGGAAGACAAUAGGUGCCUCCGUGACUCAAAUAUGCUCAUGUGGUUCUAGGCCUUUCAUAGAAACAACUUAAGUCCAGGGAUGGGGAAGUUGUGGCCCUCUAGCUAUUGUUGGACUACUGGGGCUGAUAGGAGUUAGAAUCUAACACGUGGAAGGCCACAGGUUCCCCACUCCUCUCUUCACUGGGUGCAAAUAUAAGCUGUAGAAGACAUGUAAAUACUGACAGCAUUAUGCUUUAAACUGGAUAUGUGUAGAUGUUUAAGACACUAGGGUGAAACAAAGGAUUUGCUGAGUUGGGGAUGGGAGAGGGAAGUGUUGAGGUAGGUUUCCUACCCAGUGUGAGUACCUCUAUUUUAGAAGCUUUGUAACUGUGUACUCAGAAUCCUCAGGAAACUUGGCUUUUCAAGUUAUAGAAGCAUAGUGCAGUAAGGUUGCCCAUCAAGUAACAGCCAGAUCCUUAGAUGGUGUUAAUUUACUGUGCUCCAAUUAAAACCAGAACUUUGGUAACUGGGGGCCUUAUUAGGGAACAAUAUUUUCUUCUUCCACUUCUACUCUGUGUAAGCAUUAAUAUUGUAGCACCUGACACAUUUAACUCAAGUGGUUCUUAACACACACACACACAAUUAUUUCUAUAUAAAUGGUAAUAUAUGUAUUAAUGCUAAUAAAUACACUGGAUGCUUUA